AUGCGUAUUGCGCGCGUUUUCAAGGGAAAAUUCAUUGCGUCACCAUUUUUUCUCCUACUGACAAAAAGUGGGCAGAUUGAAAGUACUUUACCCUGCGAUAAUGUUUAUGCAAAAUGUACAUAUUUUUCCAUGAAUUUCCCCAGAGUUAAAAAUAAUGUCAUAAUGUAG